GGAAGGGAAGGGAAGGGAGGCUCGCUCCGCAAAAUAGCAAACGCGACUCCAGACGCCACGAACAACGCGUCGUCGAUUCUGAGCAGGCGAAGAAGAUAUUGGCUCCCUCGCUUUCUCUCGCUCUCCCUCGCAUUCGCUCGCGGAUUCAUCUGCGAAGCUCGAGGUCGCCGAGCCGAGCCGAGCCGACCUUACCUUCGAGCUUCCGAAGCGGCACCGUCGCGCGCGCCGCGGAUCCUUUCCCGUCGGCGGCGCUCGUUUCCCCGCUCGGAGGAGGCGCUCUGCAUUUCCGUUCCUCCCCGGGGGUUUGAUCUCGAGGAAGGUUUGAGAUCGAGCUGUUAAGCGGAGGAUUCUUUCGAUAGUUUGCUGUCGUUGUUGUCAUUUAUAAGGAUUUCAUACCGUUAUUUUGGAAAAUUUGUCGACAUAAUCUCGCUCGAGCCACCUUCGGUUGUUCGUCUCUAGGAUUUCGGUUCUCUAUCUGCCUUAGACAUGGCCACGGCAAUGCACUUGACUAGCGUCAAAACUUCUGGCUCCGACUUGCUCGCUCCAAGGAGUUCUUCACGACAAAGAUGCGUACUGCCUCAGCAGCUUCAUUUUGCAACUUCUGUCGGUUCGAGUUUGUUGUUGUCUAGGAGUGUGAAGAAGUCUUGUAGGAGCGGAGUUUUCAAAGUGUGCUGCGCAGGAGCGAAUGUAGAUGUCCUGGAGAAGAGCUCGGCCGUAACCCAAGGCUUUGGGGAUUCUGAGAAUCAACUUAACUGUGUCAUGAAAUUUGGUGGCUCUUCGGUGGCUUCUGCUGAGAGAAUGCGCGAGGUUGCUGAUCUUGUCCUCAGCUUUCCCAAUGAGAGACCUGUGAUUGUUCUAUCUGCGAUGGGGAAGACAACUAACAAUCUUUUACAGGCUGGAGAAAAGGCUGUCAGUUGUGGUGUUACUAACGUGUCAUGCAUUGAUGAGCUUAGCUUUAUAAAGGAACUCCAUCUGCGGACUGUGAAGGAACUUGGAGUUGACGAAUCAAUAAUAGCAACUCAUCUGGAAGAAUUGGAUCAACUUCUGAAGGGAAUUGCCAUGAUGAAGGAGCUCACAUUACGGACUAGGGAUUAUUUAGUUUCUUUUGGGGAGUGCAUGUCCACGAGGAUUUUUGCUGCCUAUCUAAAUAAGAUAGGAGUAAAGGCCCGACAAUAUGAUGCCUUCGAAAUUGGAUUUAUUACCACUGAUGACUUCACCAAUGCGGACAUCCUGGAAGCAACUUAUCCAGCAGUUGCGAAGAGGUUACAUGAUGAUUGGAUCACUGAUCCUGCAAUCCCGAUUGUUACUGGCUUCCUUGGAAAGGGCUGGAGAACUUGUGCAGUGACCACGCUGGGUAGAGGUGGCAGUGAUUUGACAGCCACCACUAUCGGUAAAGCAUUGGGCUUACGCGAGAUCCAGGUGUGGAAAGAUGUUGAUGGUGUCUUGACAUGCGAUCCCAACAUAUAUACUCGAGCAGAGCCUGUACCAUACUUGACCUUUGAUGAGGCAGCUGAACUUGCAUAUUUUGGCGCACAGGUCCUACAUCCUCAGUCAAUGAGACCUGCCAGAGAGGGUGAUAUUCCUGUGAGGGUUAAAAAUUCCUACAAUCCUAAUGCUCCAGGUACCCUCAUAACCAGGACGCGGGAUAUGAGUAAGGCAGUCUUGACAAGCAUUGUUCUCAAAAGGAAUGUUACUAUGCUGGAUAUUGUCAGCACUCGCAUGCUUGGUCAAUUUGGCUUCCUUGCAAAGGUCUUUUCUAUCUUUGAAGAUUUGGGCAUAUCUGUGGAUGUUGUUGCUACUAGUGAAGUCAGUAUUUCAUUGACUUUGGAUCCAUCCAAACUCUGGAGCAGAGAGCUGAUUCAGCAGGCAAGUGAGCUUGAUCAUGUGGUGGAAGAACUCGAGAAAAUAGCUGUGGUGCAUCUCCUUCAACGCAGAUCAAUCAUCUCACUCAUUGGGAAUGUACAGAGGUCAUCACUUAUACUAGAGAAGGUUUUUAAUGUUCUACGAACCAAUGGAGUAAAUGUCCAGAUGAUCUCUCAAGGAGCAUCCAAGGUCAACAUCUCAUUGAUCGUGAACGACGACGAGGCAGAGCAGUGCGUGAGAGCUCUCCAUUCGGCAUUCUUUGAAAGUGACCUGCCCGAGCUGGAUCAUGGAUACAGAAGUGGAAAUGGUUCUGCAGCCACAUCAUGACACCUUACACGGUGCUGGUUUGGCAGUCUUCAACUCUUUGGACCAAUAUUUGUUCUGAUGACCUAUUCUGCGAACUCAUUUCUGGGUUAAGGUCGAGAUGUAACAUUCUUGGGCUUAAAUGUAAGGCGUGGUAGCCCACGAUAUUGAUCGAUAAGUCCAUUAAUUUAUCACGAUUUUCAUUUAGAA